AAUUCCAAAGCGCCCAUGGUAACGGUGACUGGUCGAAUUCGUUCCUCCCCGCCCACCGACGUGCUCCAUUGGAAGGAUCAUGGUACAACUGGUCGGACGAGGCCACAGACCAGUCGUAACUCCGAGGUCAGGGGGGACGGAGCCGCGGCCGACGACCGAGAACAGACAACAGACCACGUGCACUGGGCUACAGACAAUCGGCACUGGGCUACCGACAGCAGAGGCCAGCCAUGGACCAGCCAAAAGAGCUUCCUUUCAAGGUGCGUCCCUUUGAAAAAGACGUUCAGGAGAGGAUAACCCGUGACUUCGGCAAGGGAUUUCCCAAGGGGUUUGUCAAGGCCAACCACUGGGAUUUUGUGCUGAUGGGUCACGUCACAGAAGAGAUGCUCCAACAGUGCUACAACAAACCGGUUCAGGACGGAGAUAUCUGGGUUGUCUCACUCCCCAAAUGUGGGACCACCUGGACACAGGAGAUGGUCUGGCUGCUGGCCAAUGACCUCAAGUACGAGACGGCCACCAGACCACUGGACGACCGGUACAACUUUCUAGAAUUCUCUCUUCUCCAUGACCCGGACCACGUACGGAACAUGUUCGCCGAGGCCAAGAAGCUGGUUCCCAAGAUGACGCUCGACCCGGCCCAGCGGCUGGCGGUCUCCACUCAGCACUCGCGCUUCGUCAAGUCCCACCUGCCGAUGUCGCUGAACCCGCCGGACCUUCUGAAGAAGGCCAAGGUUAUAUACGUCGCAAGAAACCCGAAGGAUAUGGUUGUUUCCUAUUUCAACCAUCUGAAGGCUCUGAAACUCCAGGGUUUCGACUCAGACUUCGCAACACUGUUUGAGCACUUCAUUAACGGCCGAACGUUGGAGACACCGUUCUUCCCGCAUGUGCUGGAGGCCUGGAACCUCCGGCGGCACCCCAACAUGUGCUUCAUCUUCUACGAAGACAUGAAAAAGGAUCUAAGGAGCGUCAUCACAAAAGUAGCCAAGUUCCUCGGGAAGACGCUGACGGAUGAACAGAUGGAGAAGCUGGUGAAUCACCUGCACAUCGACAACAUGAGGAAGAACCCCAACGUCAAUAACGAGUUUCUGAGGGAUGUUCCGGGCCUGAUGGACCCGGAACGGUCGUUCAUCAACAAAGGCCAGACGGGCAGCUGGAAGGCCCACCUGACGCCCGAAAUGGUUCAAAAGAUGGACGCCUGGAUCGAAGAGAACCUGCUCGGCACCGACCUCAGCUUUGUCGACCAGCUGACUACUGAACAGUAACUACUGUGGCAUCCACUGACUGUGGUGUCUUGCGGUUAGUGCCUGCUGACUUUGGAUGGCGAGGCGGAAACAAAUCGGUUACUGCUGAAUUUGUUAAAAUGGUUAUUGUUAGUGAGUGUUGAUGCACCAUCUACCAUCAUACGAUAUUGUACUCGAAAGAACCUGCACCCGACCCGUCCCAACGAUGACAGUGCUAACGAAACACGGGUUGACUGUGCAAAUAUUGUGCCGAAAUACAUACAUGACACGC